UAUUAUUAUGACUUUUCUAGACUGAGUGUUUUCAAUCUCCACGAAAGAAUCCGACUGAUAAUCAGAAAUGGCUAAGACAAUGGAAAGCCUGGGAGACAAACCUAGAUGGAACCUUGGAGGAAGGACCGCUCUUGUCACUGGUGGUACCAAAGGCCUCGGGGAAGCUGUGGUGAAGGAACUAGCCAUGUUGGGGGCCAGAAUCCAUACGUGUGCCAGAGACGAAACUCAGCUUCAAGAAAGCUUACAUGAAUGGCAAGCAAAGGGGUUUCAGGUCACCACUUCUGUUUGCGACGUUUCUUCUCCUGACCAACGAGAAAAACUCAUGGAAACCGUUUCAUCUGUCUUCCAAGGAAAACUCAACAUCUUUGUAAGCAAUGUGGGAACGGGUGUUGUGAAGCCGACCAUAGAGUGUACAUCAGAAGAAUUCUCGUUUAUCAUGGCUACAAAUCUGGAGUCAGCAUUUCAUCUAGCACAGCUCGCGCACCCGUUGUUGAAAGCCUCUGGUUCAGGGAACAUUGUGCUCAUGUCCUCCAUUGCUGGGAUUGUAAAUUUGAGUCGUACAUCCAUCUAUGGAGCAACCAAAGGAGCCCUGAAUCAGCUAGGGAGAAACUUGGCGUGCGAUGAUAACAUAAGGGUUAACUCCGUUUGUCCAUGGUUCAUCACAACUCCUGCAACUAAAGAUUUUCUCUGUGGUGAAGUAAAAGAAAAGGUGGAAAGUGUGACACCAAUGGGGCGUGUUGGAGAGGCAAAUGAAGUUUCAUCGCUUGUGGCAUUUCUAUGUCUUCCUGCUGCUUCUUAUAUUACUGGUCAAACCAUCUGCGUUGAUGGAGGUUUCACUAUCAACGGCUUCUCAUUCCCUUAAAUACAUAUAUGUAUAAUUGCCAAGUUGUAGGAUAAUGUUUACAUAUAUGAUUCUCCUCUGUUGCUCGUGUUUACAUUCAAAUAUUCAAUAUAUGUUUCAGAUUUUAGCGGAA